AUGAAUGCAUCUAUGAAACAAGCCAGCGCUUCGAACUCUCCGAUGGUGGGCAAUCAAAAUCAAACCCCAUCGCCAAGGUCAAGUACAUCACAUGCUCGCUCAGGGGACAGUGGACUCCCUCAAUUGCUGGGGAGGAGGAAUGUGGUUGUACCGUUAGUGAUGCAGUACGUUUUGGAACACUUUUUCCACAUACAAGACACCCAGGUGGGAAGAUCUCUGCGACUGAUUGACCUCAUCGUGGACCAAACCUAUCCAGAAUCGCUAACGCUGCGGAAAUUGAACGAUCCGUUUUCGAAUAAACAAUACCAGUAUUUUAAUACUGUGUCGAGGAACAAAGAAAUAACACGCUGCCCAAUCUUUUGUACUGCGGUUUAUGUCACUUUCAAGUGGGGCGGUAGCAGAUCCAAAAAUGCGAUUCAAUUUACGAAUUUCCAAGAUGUGCUACUUUUGAGCGAGUUUUCUGACUCCGAGAUGUCCAGCCCUGGCGAUGGAACUUCGAUGGUUUCUAUGGAGCCUAUGGAGCGCCCAAGUAGUUCCAUAUGGAAAAGCGACAAGGAAACAAGAGCCCUGGAUCCCCCCGAAGAAUUAAUAGGGGUCGUAUUCCCAUGGCUUCAUGCAUUGCAAGACGAUCUUGAAACUCGCGACCGCACUAACUACAAUUUACACUCGCUAUGUGAAUUGUUUGAAUAUCUAGCUCGUGUCCUUAUUCAAGAUUUAGCGUACCUCAGUUGCACCGAUACUUUACCCCAUUUACAGUCUAUUGUCAUGGAGUAUGUUCCCAAAUUGUACCAAUGUGAUGCGUUCAAGCAGUUCAAGAAUAACAUGCAACAACGGAUCAACAGUUACUCCGCCCAAAGCGAAUGGAGUAGGGAAGUACUUUCUAGAGUUGAAGAUAGCUUCAUCGAAAUGUCAAGAAGAUUCACUUUGCACAAUCAAUCCUUAUCUCAAGAGAUACAGAACUUGAGAGUGGAAAUGGGGUCAAUGAAGCAGCUUCUAUCAGAACUUUUGCAAUCACAAAGGCAGCUUGUGUCUUUCACAAUGCCUAAUUCUACUUUUUCUACAGGAUCGGUAAGCAAUAGCAACGGAAUGGUUUCAAUGGAUAAAAAUCCACUUUCUUCGGCUCUAUUUAAUAAUUUAGUGAAUUCCGCCGAAGACCAAACGCAAUCGACUCCAUCGCUUGCGCCUAUAAAUAUGUUUCACUCUCUUAGCAGCUCUGCAGUCCCUGAUAACCAGAAGAGGAAACUACCACUACCUAAUAAUUCAGGCUUUUCCCCUCAGCCAGUUGAGUCUCCCUUCAAAAGGCUAAAAUUCGAUGAACCUAAGUCAGGACAACCCUCGGGAAACAUGACUGCCACACUGGACUCUAUACUGUCGAAGCCCGUAGUGAGUCCUAGGUUGGCUAUACCCUCCCUUACAAGCGGUGCAGCCUCUUCUCACAUGUCGUCACAAUACUCGACUCCCGGCUCAACCUCUAAUUUGGUAGCCAAGAAGCAAACUAGCGCCGGAACUCCCAAUGGGAAUCUGAGUAGUGGCGAAGCUCUCAAAUAUAAGUUGUCGCGUGAAAACAAGACAAUUUGGGAUUUGUAUUCGGAAUGGUAUAUCGGGUUGAAUGGCAAGCCUUCAAUUAAGUCGUUGAUUGACACAUAUGGGUGGAGACGUUGGAAAGUUAGUGAAGAUUCACAUUUUUUCCCCACGAGAAGGAUAAUAAUUGACUACAUAGAAAGGGAAUGUGAUCGCGGAAUUCGGGCUGGAAGGUUUCUGAACACCGAUAGAGAAGCGAUUCGUAAAAUGGUCACAGAUGAUUUAGAAAAGUUUAGAGCAGCGAAUGGGCUAACUCUAAAUAGUCUUUCCAUGUAUUUCAGGAAUCUCACGAGGAAAAAUACAGAGAUAUGCAUAUAUGACAAUUUUCAAGAUUGGUCUAUUUUACUCAUUGACGAUGAAGAAAAGAAUAAAUAUUGUAAAAGACAACACAAUGGAUCUUCUUAG